AUGAGACAAAGCUGUCCAUUUCAUGUCCACCUACACCGGAACACUCCUGCAUAUGUUGUCCACCUUACAUGCAAUAGCGUUUCUAACGUGGUGAAUCGACCUCUCCGCCCAGCUAAACGCUCCCCACAGAACUGUGACUCUGAUGAACCAAUGAAGAUUGCACGAAUCGAUUUUAAAGGGACGACUGAGAAAAUUUCAUGGGCAAUAAAAAAAUUAUCUCAUCUACAAGCAGGAUAA